AUGCGCAAACGCGCAACAGAGCGUAUCUACACGUCCCGCAUCAGGAUGUCAACUGUCAUCGACGAAAGUGUCACCCUACCUGUCCUCUCCUCUGCUAGUGCCCAGACCCUCCUGGCCUCACAGUUAGCAUCCCUCAGCCACACCCACGCCAGCUUGGGAGCCUUGGCCCUGGGACAAAGUGCUUCAGAGGGAGGUGGCGCUGCGGCCGAGCCGGCUGAGUCCCAGGAAGGGCCGGUGGCCACCGAGGCUGCGGGCGAGGAGGGGCCCGGAGAGCCGGAGUGGCCGGCGGAGGCCGAGUCUGGGGAGCCCGCCGAGACCGGGCCUGAGGAGCCAGCCAAGCCAGGGUCCAAAGAUGGGCCCCAGGAACCACUGAAGGAGGAGAAGGCGGACGAGGACGAGGAGGACGCAGAGGACGCGGAGGAGGCGGCGGAGCCGAGGAAGAAGGAAGUCUCGUCUCAUGUCCCUCUGCAGCUGUCCUCGACCCGCAAGGAAGAGGCUGCGCCAGCCCGGGAGGCUGAGCCGGAGGGACACGUGGAGGAGGAAGGGAAAGAGAGCGAGGAGACUGAGGAGACCGAGAGGAAGCGUGUGGAAGGACGCCGGGAGAAAAGAGAGGAAGAGCUGAGAAAUGUGGACAGGGAACUCGAGUCUGACGAUUACGAGUGGACUGAGGAGGUGCAGAAGCGGCAGGAGCAGCAGCUGCGCGCCGAGCUCCUGGAACAGUACCACUCCCUGAUGGUGGAGCGAGGUCGCUACCAGCGCUACAACAUCUACCUGCAGCACAAGAUCUUCGAGGCGCUGCGCAAGAAGAAGGGCCUGGAUGCAGCCGAGGUGCCUGACAAGGACACGGAGCCUGAGGCGCCCGAGAAAGAGCAAGCAUACCUACACCAUCUGGUCCUGCUGGAGGAUCUGAGGAAGCAACAGGCAGACGACCUGAGCUGGUAUCACCAGGAGCUGGACCAGCUGAAGCAGCAGUGCAGAGAGAAGCUCUCCCAGGUGGAGAAGGAAUGGCUUCACUUCCAGGCACUCAAGAAGCAGGUGGUGAUGCAGGCCAUGGGCAGCUGUCGGAUGCAGGGUGGUCGCCAGGCCGCUCUGCAGGAGGUGGAGCAGAUCCAGGCGUUGGAGGAUAAGAAGGAGAAGGAGAUGAGCGCCGUGAGGCUGGAGAAUGUGCAGCUGAAACAGAGUCUGGUGCAUUUUGAAACCAGGAUGAAGGCCCAGGAGGACCUGACUGAGGGCCUGCUCCUUAUAGAUUUUGAACAGCUUAAGAUUGAGAACCAGACUUUCAAUGAGAAAGUUGAGGAGCGAAAUGAGGAACUUUUAAAAUUACGCACCAAGAUGACCAACAAUGUGCAAAUAAUAACGCACGUGAAGGAAAAGUUACACUUUGUGGAUACAGAAAAUGCUUGUAAAAAGUCAGAGCUUAUGGAGAUUGAGGCUCAGGUGGCUCUAAGGAGGGACAUCUUGACCAAGACCAAGCAAGCCCGAGACAGCCUGCGGAUCGACAACAUCAAGCUGAAUCAGAAGUGUGGGCUUCUGGGCAAGGAAUCUCUCCUUCGGGACAUGGAGGAGAAGGUGGACAGGACUGAGGAGCUCAACCGGCGCUUGGAAUCCCUGAAGCACCAUCACGCCGGGCUGACUUUGUCCUGCAGGGGUGUGAGGCAGAAGAUCAGGGAAGCCAAAGCCUUUCUGCCCUCUUGACACAGUGAUUGAAAGGGUCCACAGAAUGUCUUCAGUCUCAGCAAACCUCAUCCUUCAUUAACUUUUAUUCUCCAUCUGUUGCCAUUCUUAGAAAGGCCCAUGAUAUUUGGGAUGGAAUUGUAUUUUGUAUUCUUAGUUUUUCAAGUUUCCAAAUUAGUGCUGAGCAUAAAACCGAGCACUGUUUAUAUGGGAUGAAGUAAAACAGGUACCGAGAGACAAACAUGGAUGAUUUAAUGUCCCUGACUUCCAGAAAGCUCUCAAAAGCUGUUUUAUAUCUGAACAAUUCCAUAGUUUCAGUGUCCUGAUACUGAGAAAAACUGUUCCUCCUCCAUGUGCAGAAGGGUUCAACAAAUGGGCAGGGUGUCAAAAAAAUUUCCUGUGCAUUAAGCUGAUUAUUAAAUCCCCUUUGAAUGGAUUGCACUUUGUCAUCCCGAGUCACUGUCUCAAUUCGAAGCUCACUAAUUCCCUUAGUCUAAAGUUGUUUUUCAUGUAAGUAGCACCAGCUUCUGGGUUAAUAAAAACACCAGGAACAGGAGGAAUGGUAACUAGGGAACGGGGCUCAUGUUCCUUCAUCUCUCUUUUUUCAAUGAAAGGAAGCUCAGUCUGCUUUACUAUGAAUGUUUGUUUCUGGCUCAAUGACAGUCUUCAAUUCUAAUGAAACGUUUUCUUGGAUCCACUAAAGAAAUGCAUUGAUCUGUACCAAAAAAAAAAAAAAGAAAGAAAGAAAUUUUGUUUUCUAGUGAAGACAAAAUAGUGAUUGUAUUAUGUGUUUUUCCAGGUGCAAAAUAUACAGUGGUGACUGCUGACUGUCCAUAAGCCUUUUGUUUUCAACAAGAUAUUUUCAGAUCUUGGCAACACUACAGACCCUCACUAGGCAUGUGAUUUUGCACUGUAUCAAAUAUUAAAAUGUCUGUCGUUCCUUGAGUUAAUGUACAACAGGCCUGAUAGGUCUAGCUCGUUAACCCAGAGUGAUUAACAUUUUCAGUUUUCUUUGACGCUUUUGGAGCUAGAGGCCUGGUUUUAAUUCUUCUUAAUCUUAGCUUGAAUUUUCAGAUGCUCAGAUUUGGGAUUAAAAGUAUUUUCUCAUCUGUAAACUUAAGAAGGACCAUAAGAAGGGUGAUCUAGUUUUUGGUACUACACACCUUUAAAGAACGGUCGAAACCCCACUCUGGGCAGAUGACUCGGUUGUUCCAUGAGAGUGUCACAAUAACUUUUGUCUUUGGAUGACAUGAUUUUGUUUUCUAAAUGUGUUCCCUUUGAAGCCAAUACAGGUUGAUUAAAAUUGCUUUUCUCACCUGCACAGCUUAAAUACACUUUAAAAAAAAUAAUACUGUACUUAUUAAAGCACACAAGCGAGACAGUGAGGGGAGUGAAAGCUUCGCCUCCCUGCUUCCAUUCUCCUCAUCUUCUACAACUUCUGUCUUCACCAAGACUAAGG